AGAGUUUUUUCACGCAUGCGUGUGAAACCACGUGGUCCAAAGCAGCCUCGUGGCAGCAAUAAAGCUGUCACCACACCCAAGAUGGCAAAGACAGAACUCUCAGCAGAGGAGAUCGUAAAGCUUCUGGAGGGCAGGGAAACAGUUGACUCUUAUGACCUGUCCCAAGAGUUCAAUAAGGACCACCAGCAGAUCAUAGGGGCCAUCAAAAGCUUGUCAUCACUUGGAGAUGUUAUAGUGACUGAGCAGAGGCAGUUUGAGCAGUGGGUGCUGACAGACGAGGGGUCAGAGGUCGUGAGGGGUGGUAGUCACGAGGCCAGAGUGUAUCAUGCGGUGGACCCUCAGCAUGGCAGCCUGCAGGCCGACAUCAUGAAAAGUGUACCUAAUGCCAAGAUUGGGUUCAGCAAGGCCAUGUCCGGUGGGUGGCUGAGUAUUGACAAGAAGGCCGAGGGCGGACCACGACUACACAGGAAGGUGAAAACAAUAGAAGACACAGUACAAGCUCUGUUAAUGAAGAUAGGGAAGGAAGAGGUAGCGAGUGAUCAGUUGAAGGAGUUUAAGAAGAGGAAGCUCAUCAACAAUGAUGUUAUCAAGUGCCUCAUAGUGAGGAAAGGAAGAGACUUUACCACUCAAAUAGCCAAACAAGAUGUCAACCUCACACCGGAAAUGAUCCAAAGUGGCUCGUGGAAAGACAAGAGUUUCAAGGAGUACAACUUUGAUGCCCUGGGUGUGCCCCCCUCCACUGGUCACCUCCAUCCCCUGCUCAAGGUCCGCACUGAGAUCAGGAAGAUCUUCUUAGAGAUGGGAUUCACUGAAAUGCCAACCAAUAACUUCAUUGAGAGCUCUUUCUGGAACUUUGAUGCACUCUUCCAACCUCAACAGCACCCGGCCAGGGACGCUCACGACACAUUCUUCAUUAAAGAUCCCCCAUCAUCCCGGGACUUUCCCACCGACUAUUUGGAGAGAGUAAAGAAAACUCACGAGAGUGGAGGAUACGGCUCCAUCGGGUACCAAUAUGAUUGGAAGCUGGAGGAAGCACAGAAGAACAUCCUCCGCACACACACCACGGCCGUUAGUGCUCGCAUGCUCUACAAGAUAGGACAGCAGGAGAAGUUCACCCCUGUCAAAUACUUCUCUAUCGAUCGUGUGUUUCGCAACGAGACACUGGAUGCUACUCACCUGGCAGAGUUUCAUCAGAUUGAGGGAGUAGUGGCCGACUAUAACCUGACACUGGGUGACCUCAUAGGAGUGCUUAAUGCUUUCUUUCGCAAAAUGGGCAUCACUCAGCUCCGGUUCAAGCCUGCCUACAACCCUUACACUGAGCCAAGCAUGGAGGUCUUCAGUUAUCACGAAGGGCUCAAGAAGUGGGUGGAGGUGGGUAACUCUGGUGUGUUCAGACCAGAGAUGCUCCUCCCCAUGGGACUCCCCGAGGAUGUCACAGUCAUUGCCUGGGGGCUCUCUCUAGAAAGGCCCACGAUGAUCAAGUAUGGUAUCAGCAACAUCAGAGAGCUCGUAGGUCACAAGGUCAACCUGGAGAUGGUGCACAACAACCCUCUCUGUCGAUUGGACGCUUAGAGCUUAUAACUAUGUGUGUAAAAUAAUCACUAGACAUUUUUAGUCACUAGACAUUAUUUUUUAGUCUGUACAACUCAAGCUCUCAUAAUUAUUGUAUAAAAAUUACAUUGGAUUUCUACAAUGAAGUACAGUUGUGUAUUACAUUUCAAUUAGUAA